UGUACCACAGCAGGGACAAAAGCCAGGGAGAAAGAGGGAGUUUUGUCCCAGAGGGCAGGUAAGGGAGUCUGGACGGGUCACGCUCAAACCUCUGCCCUGCCCAGCUUGCUGCAGCACCCACUGUUACAACCACUGGCGAGGGGGUGGGCACCCCAAUUCCCCCAGGGAGCAACGACUCCACAGAGCCUGCCCAGGACACCAGGUGCUCCCACCGAGCCACGGCCGGCACUGCCCGUGGCCCCCAGCCUGCAUGGCAGCCCCAGGGGUGACCUGCCACGGGCACCCGCUCACUUCCCUUUUAAUCGCACUCGGGCGCUGCCAGGAGCAUCUGCCAGCCGUGACCUGGGGCUGCUCUGGGACACACAGACCGAGUGACCUGAGAGACAGGAGCAUAUAAAUGGCCCGGUAACCUCCUGCAUAAACUCUUCUCCUUUCCUCCUCCACCUACAAAAACCUCUGCUUAGAAACAACACGGUGCAAUGCGGAAGAGACGGACAAAGAGCGGGAUGGCUGCGGUUCCUCUUAUCAUCGGGAGAGGAGCAGGACAAAUCCUGCUCUGUCAGUCAGUUCACUCCUGAUAAGCUAUUUUGUGACAGCAGCUCCGCAGGUGAGUCACCCUCCAGUGGCAGAUGCUCAGGAAAUUAUUUCAGGUGAUGGUGCUGCUGAUAGACUGGUGUUAUAUUACAAUAGAAAUCACAAUUCCUGUUUCACAACUCCUGUUGUGGGUUUUAAGGAGUGCUUGGGCGGUCCUGCCCCAGUGUUAGUGCAGGGCGGGCAGAGCAGCACCCGCACAGGGGCGGUGGGAGCAUUGCUGGCCUGGCUCCCUAGGCAUCGGGCCCCCACAGCCUCCCCGUGUCCCGGACUAGAGGAUAUUUGCUGGGUUUCUGCAGGCAGAAGGCCCCGUCAGAACUGGAUGAACAUGGAUUUAGCCUCCGAGCGGCUGAAUGGCAGAGGUCCCAGCACAAGACGCAAAACCUCCACGGCGCUGGAGUCCUUCAAGCGGAUCGGCAUCCCCGUCCUGGCAGCGGUGCUCAGCCUCGCCUGCCUGGUUACGGUCGGGUUCCUGGUCAAGGUUUACCUGGAUUACCACUACUUCUUCUGCAAGCAUCCCCUGAAGCUGGUGCCGCUGCCGCAGGUGUGUGACGGGCAGGUGGACUGUCUGCAGGGCGAGGACGAGGCCAACUGUCCCCAGUGGGUCCCCGAGGGGCCACCAGCUGGGGCCCGUGUUUCCAAAGACAGAUCCAUCCUUCAGGUGCUUAACAGAAACACUGGAGCCUGGUUCUGCAUCUGCCACGACCACUUCAACAUGGUGCUGGCAAAAGCAGCCUGCGAACUGAUGGGCUACAGGAGCACCCCCACUUUCCGGGCGGUGGAGGUGGGUGCAGGGCAGCUCCUGCCUCCCCGCGAGGUCGUGCUGAGCAACGGCAGCCUGGGGAUGCCCGAGCCGGGCAGGAAAUGCCUCUCUGGAUGGGUUGUUUCGCUCUUUUGUUCCAAAGACUGCGGGGAGAGCGUGAGGACCCCGCGCGUGCUGGGCGGGAGCCCGGCCACCAUCGAGGCUUGGCCGUGGCAGGUCAGCUUGCAGUACAGGAAGGAGCACAUCUGCGGGGGCAGCAUCAUCGACCCCAGCUGGGUCCUGACGGCAGCGCACUGCUUCAAGAACAACCCUGUCAUUCAGAGCUGGCGCGUGAAGGCCGGCUCCAACCUCCUCUCCGGCACCGCCACCCUCGCCGUGGAGAAGGUCUUCCUGGCUGAGGUGACACCCACGUCUCCCAAGGACAAUGACAUUGCCCUGGUGAAGCUGCGGUUUCCCCUGCGUGUCUCAGACAGCAGCAAGCCCAUCUGCCUGCCCUAUUUCGACGAGGAGCUGGCGCCAGGCACGUCCCUGUGGGUGAUAGGCUGGGGCUACACGCGGGAGCACGGCACGUUGUCAGAGACCCUGCAGCAGGCGGAGGUGGAACUCAUAGACAAGGAGAGCUGCAACCUGGUCGCCUACCAUGGGGAGGUCACCGAGAAGAUGCUGUGUGCCGGCCUGCCCCAAGGCGGGGUGGACACCUGCCAGGGGGACAGCGGCGGGCCCCUGCUGUACUCGGGGGGGCACUGGCAGGUGGUGGGCAUCGUCAGCUGGGGCCAGGGCUGCGGCACCCCCAGCACGCCCGGCGUCUACACCAGCGUCCGUGCCUACCUCGACUGGAUCUACGCCGUCCGGAGGUCGGAGCUCUGAGACCUGCCGGGACAGGUCCCUCCUCUCUCCCCACGCCUCCCUCCCCGUCCCUACGCGCUUGGCUGUCUCGGCUCUGGCAGCUGCUGGGAAAUGGAUCUCAAGCCACGGAAGGUGAGCGGUGCCUCCCAACCCUCGCUGGCAGGCUGUGAUUUCGCGUGCCAGAGGCCAGCCAAGGAGGCAAAGGGCGGCUCGGAGUGACAGCCACCGAUACCGUGAAGGAAUCUGACCAGUUCAAGCUCCCUUCCGGAGAAAGAUUAAUUUAUUGCCCUGUACCGACCCUGCUGUGGCAGGAGGGCUCCUGCGGGGCUAAGCUCCUGUUUGCUCACUACUGUUAUACAGAGAGACACAAUGUUUGUGCUGUGGAGUACCCCCAUUAAAAGAAAGUAUUUGGUUUUUCA